AAGAGGAUGCACCAAAUAAAAUUGCAAAAGGUAAAUUUUCGGCCUUCAUUGUUUUGCUCCUUUCCUUGUAUGAAACUAAUCCAACUUUAUGCAACAGCAUCUACUCAUAGUUCCACUAAGCUUGCAGUCACAAAGGUUGAUCCUCCUUGCUCAAUGACCAAAGCCAUUCGGUCUUCCCCUAGGGUUACAAGCCGAUCUUUUCAAACUAUAGAAUCCAAUGAGGAAGCCGACUUCACAAGAGAAGAAUUGCAGCCGGUCAUCACCUCACCGCCAAGGCCUAUUGCUCCUGCAAAGGCUACUCCACUCGUGAUUGAGAUAGAUGAUGAUGUCCUUGAAAGUGAGGUUUUUGCUCAAUUGGACCUCUUGGAUGACUUCUUGGAAAUAGAAAGGUCCAUGCCUCCUAACUCAAAAGAUAAGAUCAUAGAAGAAGAAAAGAACAAUCCGGAUAUCCCUUCUCAAGAAUCCAUCGAUGUUGCCACCCACCUUCUUCUUGAGCUAUUGAAUGGUAAUCCAUCUGAACUUUGCCAAAUCGUUGAUCAAAAUGAGGCUUUCAAUGCUGCUGAGGUCUUGAGCAAGGCUCCCACACUAGAUGCAUCAGUGCAAGCAACCGCGGCUGCAGCUCUUGCUCGGCAAUGUAAAGAUGCAGUAGAGAAGAAAAAGAGUAUUUAUGAAAAGGUGAAAAAUAACAUUAACACCCAAAUGAAGCUGCAUCAAGACAACCUAGAUGAGAUUGCCAAACUAGAAGCCCGCCUUGCCGAGUUGAAAAAGGCAACAAUAAAGGAAGAAGACAACCUUAAAUCCCUUAAAGCCGAGAGAAGCAAAUUAUUAGUUGAGCUCAAGGAAGAAAGACGUGAGGCUUUGGCUGCAAAGAGUGAGGCUGCACAACAGGAUGAGAAAGCAAAGGAAGCCAACAACACACUGCAGCAAAUGAGAGAUGAGUGGGCCGCCUGGAUGCAAAACCUUUGUUAGGUUUUUUUUUU